GUCGUCCCGACGCCGUCGUCGCGUCGCGCAGCUGCUCGAGGUAGUUGUCAUCGCGUCCGGGUGCGGCCACUUCUCCGAGCGGAGCGCCUCGCAAUGGUCCCCUCGUGUUUCGAGGUGAUUCUCGUUGCUUUUAUUUUGGUGCUACCGUUCCUUUACGAGACUAAUCGAACGUUCCGAUACUACUUCAAGUUCUUAACGUACUACGGCAUUGUUAUGGCGAACGCCGUCCUGCUGAUCCCUAUUAUGAUAUUUCGACCCGGAAAUGUCAAGAACCUACUAUUGGCGUCUUCGUUGUGUCAGCCAGUGAGCACGUUACUUGGCCUCCACUGGGAACUCCGAGGCCGGGAACAUUUAGAAAAGGAGCAGGCAUGCGUCAUAGUCGCCAAUCAUCAGAGUUCCCUGGAUAUUUUAGGAAUGUUCCACCUGUGGCCGGUGAUGGAAAAAUGCACAGUUGUGGCUAAGAAGGAAAUCUUCUACGCCUGGCCGUUCGGACUGGCCGCCUGGCUGUGUGGGUUGAUAUUCAUUGACCGAAUGAACACUGAAAAGGCUCGGUCGAUCAUCAGCUCCGCAAUGGAGCGCUUGAAGACAGAAAAAAUAAAGCUGUGGAUAUUUCCCGAAGGGACCAGGCACAAUACUGGGGAAAUCCAUCCGUUUAAGAAGGGGGCAUUUUAUGUCGCCAUUAAUUCCCAGGUGCCUAUUCUGCCAGUUGUCUUCUCCUCUUAUUACUUUCUCUCCACUCCGGAGAAGAGAUUGGAUUCGGGUCGCGUUAUCGUGACGACGUUACCGCCCAUUCCUACGAUAGGAUUAGGUAAAGAAGAUAUAGAGGCCCUCAUGGAGAAGACCAAAAAGGAGAUGUCCGAUGUCUUGAACGCGACCAAUCGGGAGUUACAACUCUCGCUUACUUCGAGUAAACGCGUGCAGUGAGCUCCGAUAACUGGCAUCGUUACUUUUUAAGAACUUCCACGUACAAGAUCGACAACUCCAAACCGAGGAACCAAAGACUCUGUCUAAACAAAUUUUACCAUUACUUGAAGGGCCUUCGUUUGCGGAUCGAAAUGAUCCUACUAACGAGCGAGCGUUUAGUAAAUUUUAAGCGAGACGGCGUAAUUAGCAUUUCACCGUAUUUAAUUUUUUAUUGACUCUGUAUAGUACCGUGAUAUACGUGUCUCUUUGUUCAUUCAUAAGUGAGGUCUAAACGUUGGAAAGUUAUUUUAUUACUGAAGAAAAAAGUACAGAUAUAUCUUCUUGCUGAGUUCUUGCAGUUAGAUAAACAAGCAGUUAACGUGAUUUACGCGUCAUCAGAAACUGUUCUAAAAACAAUUGUACAUGACUUUGGAGUACAUUUUAUAUACCUCUUACGAGGGUGGGAAGGGAAGAGUUUUUUAAAAACAAAUGGAAAAACUUCGGCGGUAGACUUACGUGUGUUAUUUGUACGGUUACUUUUAUUACUCUACGGGAAGAACAGAAAUUUUUUACGUUUUUACAAUUUCCAAUUCGUUGGAGGACUUUGAUAAAUGAGGUCAUUGUAUAGUAUAUUCUGUAUGCAUUUCUAGGAAUGUGUAAUUGAAAAGCACAAUAUCUUUUACUGCAAAAAAAAAUUAUGUACAUCUUUUUAUCGAGCUGCGAAACCAGAUAUUGUCUGUGUGUAUUAAAGUAUUUUAACUUGGCCACGAUCCAGGUGAAGCAAUCAAAUAGAAGCAUAUUAGAGACUGAUGAACAUUAGGGAGUUAAAAAGCAACAUGUAAAUGCGAAUGUACAUUUUAUCCACAUUUAUCCCUUUGUACGCCUUUUUAAUUAUGUCAAUUCUGAACAGGCCAUUUUUAGAAGGAAAUUAAAUGCUAUUUUAUUGUAGUUUACAUUACGAAUUACUGCUUCCGAUUAAGACUAUGGCAGAAAAUUAAACCGAUUAAACGACUUUUGCUUAGCCUGUCAGGAAAGAAUAAUAUGAAACGUUAAAUUGUGCCUUAUAUUUCAUUUUCAGAAAAUAAUUCCAACAAUUAUUCUGGCUUCAACGUUACAAGUUUAUUCGGUCACUAAAUAGUCUUCACCAUGUUGACAUGUUUUCCAAUUUAACCAAUUUUACAAGAAUCAAACAUUAGUACAGUGUGUAUAUACAUUUUUACUUUUUUCAAGAAAAAUAUUUAAAAGUUUGGGAACAGUAGCCCAUUCAUUAUCAGUUUUAUAUAUAUAUAUAAAAUUAGAUUGAUGAAUUUAGUCGGGAAGACAGAGAGAGUGAGAGCGCUACUGUUAAGUGCCAAUCUUAAUUCAAUGAAAAACAUCUUAUUUUGUUGUAACUAGGUUUCAUCAUUAGUCCCUGCAGAAAUAAUUUCAUUUCUCAGCAUCCGAAAAACCGAUGAAUAAGACAACCGAUAAUUUUUUGUCACGUUAAACACACGACGCAGAGGAAGUAAUCAUUACUAUAGCGCUGCAAUGUUUAUUUAAAAAUAAUGGAAACGGUCAUUGUAAGACGAGUAUUCAGUUUGCAUAUUGUGUGCGAGAAUUUAAAUGCUCUGCAGUGUACAGUCCAACAAAUCAAAACAAAAUAAUUAAAAAACUUCCACCACAAAGCAGGAAAGCCGAUAACUACACAUAGUCUUAAGUAGUAUACAAUAUUGUGUUUUUUACAAUAUUCUAUUAUUGGAGAUAUAAGCUACAAAUGGUAUACUAAAGAAAUUACACCUUGAUAAUUAAAUAAAAGUAAUACUAUUUCACAA